UUGUCACAAUCACAACAUAACCCUCGAAAAACCGUGUAAAUUGGCAAAUCGACGUCGAUUGUUUUGGGAUUAUUUGUUAAGAUUAUUAUUUAUUAUAUUACUUACUUAAUUUGCAAAUCUUAAUUCCAGCAAAAUGAGUAGAAACUACAAAGAAGACCAAUGCAACGAAAUCGAAGCCCUAGAUUCCAUUUAUUGUGGCGAUAUGGAAAUUCUCGAAACAACACCAUUUCAUAAAUUCCAAAUUCCAAUUGCCACUGAAGAAUUUGCCGCUGAAGAUGAGAACGGCCUUUCAUGCAAUCUUGUCUUUACUUAUACUGCCAAAUAUCCCGAUGAAGGUCCCAUCGUUGAAAUCGAAGAUGCAUUCAAUUUUGAAGAUUCAUAUGAACGUCUUCUAUUGGAGCACAUACAAAGCACAAUCGAAGAACAUGUGGGUAUGGAAAUGAUAUUCUCGUUGGUGAGCAGUGCUCAGGAAUGGCUAAACGAACGUUGGGACGAUCACAAGAAGGAACAAGAAAACGAAACAGCUCGCAAAUUAUACGAAAGCGAAGAAGCCGAACGUAAAAAAUUCGAAGGAACUCGAGUUACGGUGGAGACAUUUAUGAAAUGGAAAACGGAAUUCGAAGAAAGCACCGGUAUCGCUGCGAAGAGAGAAAAAGUUUUGAGCGAUGGCAAGAAGCUGACUGGCAAAGAAUUGUUCCUUUGUGAUAAUACCCUCAACGAAUCCGAUAUUAAGUUUCUCCUUGAAGCUGGAGAAUCCAUUGAGAAUGUUAAAAUCGAUGAGACUCUAUUUCAGAGUAUUGGAGAUCUUGAUUUGGGCGAGGAUCUAGAAUCAGACGACGACGAUGAAGACUACGUCCCUGGCAAAGAUGAUUAGAAUGGGAAAUAAAUAAAAUUUGUUAAUAAUUUAAAAAA